GUGGCCAGAUAACUCACACUCGCAGUACUCUUUCAAUUCCUAAAACCGACUUAAAUUGUGUAUUACUUCCUUGAUCACAUUUUGUGUCUCUCUCACACAUAUAUUCGCUCGAGACUUAUCAUCUCUAACGAUGGAGAGAGCUGCGAGUUUGCCUCUUCAGCCUCCAACCUAUGGGAACCUAAUCACCAUACUCAGUAUCGAUGGAGGUGGCGUUAGAGGGCUUAUACCCGGCACCAUCCUUGCGUUCCUCGAGUCUGAGCUUCAGAAACUGGAUGGAGAAGAUGCGAGAAUUGCAGAUUACUUCGAUGUGAUAGCUGGAACGAGCACAGGAGGUCUUGUCGCAGCCAUGCUGACAUGCCCAGACGAGACCGGCCGCCCCCUCUUUGCUGCGGAAGACAUCAAGCAGUUUUACCUGGAUCACUGUCCUAGGAUUUUUCCACAAGACAGCCCACUUAUUCCUGUUACCAAGGUGGUUAAAGCCGUGUCAGGACCGAAAUACGACGGGAAGUAUCUGCAUACAAUCGUCAAGGAAAAGCUAGGAAGCACGAGGUUGCAUGACACAUUGACUAACAUUGUCAUCCCAGCAUUUGACAUCAAGCGUCUCCAACCAACCAUAUUUUCCAGCUACGAGGUGAAGAAAAAGCCAAGCACUGAUGCCUGCCUCUCAGAUAUCUGCAUCUCAACCUCUGCGGCCCCAACUUAUCUACCGGCCCAUUACUUUGAAACCGAAGAACCAUCAGGCCAAGUCAGAGAAUUCAACCUAAUCGAUGGUGGUGUUGCAGCAAACAAUCCGACUCUGGUGGCUAUGGGAGAAGUGACAAAGGAAAUAAUGGGAGGAAGCUCUGAUUUCUUCCCUAUACAGCCGAUGGACUACACAAGGUUUCUUGUGAUAUCCUUAGGGACCGGCGCACCAAAAUGUCAAGAGAAGUACAGUGCAAACGAUGCCGCCAGAUGGGGAGUUUUGGGUUGGUUAGCUGGAGGCGGAGGCACUCCGUUGGUUGAUGUCUUCAUGCAAUCGAGUUCCGAUAUGGUGGACUUCCACAUCUCUGCAGUUUUCCAGGCCCUCCACCUCGAAGGAAAUUACCUCCGAAUUCAGGAUGACACGUUGAGCGGGACAGUGUCGUCAGUCGAUGUGGCCACAGGACAGAACCUAAAUGACCUGGUGGAAGUCGGGGAAUCACUUCUGCAGAAGCCUGUCUCCCGGGUGAACCUAGACACUGGCACCUUCCAGGCACGAAGCCAGGAGACUAACGCAGAGGCCAUCCGAAGGUUCGCAAAGGUUCUCUCUCACGAGAGACGGCUUCGGCUCGCGAGGUCACCUCACGGACAUGCUGCAGUUGCCAAGUAGUUCUUUGGCUUGGCGGUUACCUUAGACAUUCACCAAUACAGACUAGCCAGCAUAUAGUAAAAACUAAUGGAUUAUUUAUUGGUCAAUUAUUAGUUAAUUGACAAAUUAUAUCCCCAUAGCUAGUAGGAUAUUAUAUAAGUAAUCCACACACGUGUACCUGUAAAUUGCAAUCAUUCUUUCAUAUCUUUUUUAUAUAAAUAAAUAAUGAGCUACUGCGAUUUGCCAUCA